AUGCUUAAACAAUUCGCUGCCCGCAAGCUUGCCGAGAAAGAGAUUCGCGCCGAUGACAUUGCCAGCACACUCGAACCUUACAAGGUCGUACGACAAGCAGCUGCCGAAUACAUUGAAGCAAACCCUAAUGACUUUACGCCAUUCCUGGAAGAGCCUCUGGAUUACUACAUCUACAAGAUCAAGAAUACUGGCGAGUGGGGUGGUCAACUCGAAUUAACGGCUCUGGCAAAGAAAUACAGCGUCGCUAUCAGCGUGCUGCAGGGUGAUGGCAGAGUCGAAGAGAUCAACCCGGAUGCCGAUGCUGAGGUCAAGCAAUUAUGGCUGGCCUACUACAGACAUGGCUUUGGUCUCGGUGAGCAUUACAACUCGUUGCGCAAAGCUGGUUGA